AUGUCGCUCUUCUGCAACCAUGCUAACAUACAGCAAUCUCAUUCUCUCCUACAACCCAGGUUCACCAGGGGUGUGACGCCCAGCCCUGUGCAAUCUGCGAAUCUUGAAGCAGAAUGUUUUCCCUUCCUUCAUCUCACCACUACGACAGUCAGUCUCGGGUAUAUGUGUAUGCCAUCCUGUAUCGCCAUAUCGCCGUUUUCAUCCAACAUAGGCAGAUGCCAUUGUCGCGGUCUGCGUGAAGCACAUCUUCUGUGCAUGCGGCCUUGA